AAAGGGAUAUGCCCAUCUCAUCAACACAUCAUUUCUGGAUGCCGAGCUACUGUUUUGACAAUGCAUAAAUUCCCAACACCAGAACUCAGAAGAACGCUUGAACAUGAAAAUGGAAGCUGAAAAGGCUAUUAUUAUGAGAGAGCAACUAGAACCAAGAGAUACUUUCAAAAUUGCUUACCUAAUCCAUUUCUUGCUUGGUGUUGGUAAUUUGCUCCCAUGGAAUGCUUCCAUCACUGCUGUUGAUUACUUUGGCUACCUCUAUCCCACCAAACACGUCGAAAAGGUUUUCUCCGUCGCUUACAUGACUUCCUCUGUGCUCCUUCUGGUUCUUAUGGUUGCUUGGGAUGGAUGGUCUAAGAAGAUGAGCUUUAGAUUUAGAAUGAACUUGGGGUUUUCUUUGUUCAUCCUGUCUGUUCUGGUCUCUCCUGUCAUGGACUGGGCUUCAAACAUCACUGGUUCGAACUGGCGGCCGAACGAAGCUUAUGGCGUGAUCGUUGCAUCCGUUGUCACCUGCGGUUUGGCUGAUGGCUUGGUAGCAGGAAGUUUGAUAGGAUCAGCUGGUAGGCUUCCAAAACAAUUUAUGCAGGCUGUGUUUGCCGGGACUGCUUCUUCAGGUGUUCUUGUUUCAAUCUUGAGGAUUAUUACAAAGGCUUCACUAACACAAUCGCCGAAGGGUCUUCAAAAGAGUGCGCAUUUGUACUUCAUCGUCGGUGCGUCGAUUCUCUUCUGCUGCAUUGUGUCGUGUAACUUGUUGUGCAAGCUGCCAGUGAUGCAGCAUUACUACAGAGUUCUUCUUGAUGAACCUCCAUGUUCAAAGUCAAAGUUCUGGACAGUGGUGGGUAAAAUCAGAUGGCCUGCAUUUGGAAUUUUCAUAACUUAUGUCGUUACGCUUUCGAUUUUUCCCGGAGUCAUAGCAGAGGACCUUGAAUCCAAACUGCUUCAAGAUUGGUAUCCUAUUCUACUGAUAACAGUAUACAAUGUUGCAGAUUUAGUUGGAAAAUCUCUAACUGCAAUAUAUAUCUUGAAGAACAUCAAGACAGCAACAUGGUUCUGCAUCACCAGGCUUCUGUUUUAUCCACUGUUCAUGGCCUGCAUCCAUGGUCCAAGGUGGCUGAAAACUGAAUUACCAGUGAUAGUUCUCACUUUUUUACUCGGCUUGAGCAACGGAUAUCUAACAAGUGUCAUCAUGAUCAAUACUCCCAAGUUAUUACCUGCAUCAGAGGCAGAGUUAUCUGCCAUUGUAAUGGUUGUGUUCCUGGGAAUUGGGUUGGUUGGUGGCUCAGUUUUAGGCUGGUUUUGGAUCCUUUGA